AUGUCCAAAGAGGUGGCAACCGCCGGCGGUGCCGCCGACCUGGCCUCGGAGAAGCAGCCGUACUGUGACCCUCCCCCGUCCCCGUUCCUGGGCACGAGCGAGCUGUCCGGGUGGUCCCUGUACCGCGCCGCCAUCGCCGAGUUCAUGGCCACGCUCAUGUUCCUCUACGUCAGCCUCGCCACCGUCAUCGGCUACAAGACCCAGUCCGCCGGAACCGACGUCUGCACCGGCGUCGGCUACCUCGGCGUGGCCUGGUCCUUCGGCGCCACCAUCAUGGUCCUCGUAUACUGCACCGGCGGCGUCUCCGGCGGGCACAUCAACCCGGCGGUGACCUUCGCGCUGCUCUUGUGCCGCAAGCUCUCGCUGGUGCGCGCCGCGCUGUACGUGGCGGCGCAGUGCCUCGGCGCCAUCUGCGGCGCGGCCGUCGUGAAGGAGGUCACGGGGCGGAGCUACGAGGCCCUCGGUGGCGGCGCCAACGCGGUGGCCGACGACGGCUUCUCGGUGCGCGGGGCGCUCGUCGCCGAGGUCGCCGGCACGUUCGUGCUCGUGUACGUCGUGCUCUCCGCCACCGACCCCAAGCGCACCGCGCGCGACUCCUUCAUCCCCGUGCUCGUGCCGCUGCCGAUCGGCUUCGCGGUGUUCGUGGUGCACCUGGCCACCAUACCCAUCACCGGCACCGGGAUCAACCCGGCCAGGAGCCUCGGCGCCGCCGUCAUGUACAACCAGCGCAAAGCAUGGAAAGACCACUGGAUCUUCUGGGUCGGGCCGCUCAUCGGAGCGACGGGGGCGGCGCUGUACCACCGGUACGUGAUGCGCGGCGAGGCGACCAAGGCGCUGCUGAGCUCGUUCAGGAGCACGGCACCGGCGCUGCCAUGGCGCGAACAGAGCUAA